AUGGGGUACAAUAUAGCGAUGGUGACGGACUUCUUCUACCCGCAGCCAGGGGGAGUCGAGUUCCACGUGUACGAUCUCCUGCAAAAGUUGAUCGAUAUGGGCCACAGUGUCGUCGUGGUCACCCACGACUAUGGCAACCGCCAAGGGGUCCGAUAUUUGACCAAUGGCCUCAAAGUGUACUACAUUCCGUUUAUGGUGAUUGACCGCCUGGCGUGUUUCCCCACCGUGUUCCUGGCAUUCCCUAUAUUACGCAAUAUUUUCAUUCGAGAGGAGAUCGAGAUCAUUCAUGCCCACGGUACGUUUCUGGCCUUGGGCCACGAAGCGAUAUUACACGGUCGAACGAUGGGGAUGAAAACGGUGUUUACCGACCAUCUGUUAUUUGGCUUUGCUAAUAUCGGGCUGAUUUUGGGUAAUAAACUUGUGAAAUUUACCCUCAAUGAUGUUGGUGCCGUGAUCUGUGUGUCUCAUACGUGUAAGGAGAAUACGGUACUUCGAGCACGGCUCGACCCGAAUAAGGUACUGGUGAUCCCUAAUGCCGUGAUUCUGGAAGAUUUCCGCCCCUCACCUCAGAUUAAACUGAUGGAACGAAUCGUGAUUGUCGUGAUCUCACGAUUAUACCCAAAUAAAGGGGCUGACUUACUCACCGCCAUCAUCCCCCGCAUCUGUGCCGCCAAGCCCGAGGUCGACUUUCUCAUUGCUGGCGAUGGACCGAAGUUUUUGGACUUGGAGCAGAUGCGGGAACGCCACGAGCUCCAGGAGCGAGUGACGCUUUUGGGAGCAGUUCGUCAUGACCAGGUGAGGGAUGUGAUGAUUAGAGGCCACAUAUAUCUCCAUCCCUCGUUGACAGAAGCGUUUGGUACCGUCAUUGUUGAAGCGGCACUGUGUAACUUAUUUGUGGUUACCACUAAUGUGGGCGGUAUUCCUGAGGUUCUCCCCAGUCAUAUGACCCGAUUUGCUCGUCCGGAAGAGGAUGAUCUCGUUGAGGCAGCGCUCGAGCUGAUUGAUCGUAUCAGUAAUGGCGACAUCGAUACGCUGAAAUUCCACGAUGAAGUGGCGACGAUGUACGCCUGGGAUAACAUUGCUUAUCGUACCGAGAAAGUGUACGAUCUGCUUGACCUCAGUAAGCUCAAUCAAUCGCAGUGGAUCCGCAUUUCCAAGUUCUACAACUUUGGUGUGCUUGCGGGUAAAUUAUUUGUCCUCUGCGUGGUGGUGGACAUUUUCAUCUUAAUGUGGCUUGAGUGGUGGUACCCUGCGAGCCACAUUGAUAUAGCGACUAAGUGGCCCCGCAAACAACCCCCACACAAGCUGAAGAUUGCUUCCCCAACCCCAGUGAGUGUUAACGCCAAGAAGUCUAUGGCAAAUGGCAGUGUACACGAAAUUCAUACAGACGUUGAUUCAGACCAGCGACCUCCUCAGUUGGUGGUGGAGGAAGUCAACGGCUCUUUACACCCUACGCUUUCUGGCAAAGCGACCCCCCCUCAUUCAUAA